AUCUGUGGAAACUCAGCAAGUGUUUACCAGCAGCGCAACAUGCCCCCUACACUCAAUUCGUACUGGCUUUCUGCACUAAUACUUGCAGCUCUGCUGCUGUCUGCUUCCGGAGCGCCAGUCACAGACGCUUUCACUGAGAGUCCGACAGAUGAUCCCUCAGGUGAGGGGGAGAUGCCCUCUGACCUGCUCAGCGACUCACCGCGUUGGGGCCCGUUUCUUGCUAUCACCAAACACCAUAAAAAGGAGUUUGAAGAUGAAUUCAAAGAUGAUGUGAAAUAUCAUUUUCUGGAGAACUACAAAAUCUCAUCAGCCACUGCAAGCUGCCCCAUGUCCAACUUCAGCAAGGAGGCUUGUCUUCUCAGGUUGGUCCAUGGCCUUCAGACAUAUGAGGUUCUUUUAAGGCAUGUGCUGAAGGAGUAUCCCAGCUGGUUGAUCCUCUCAGGGUUCAAAUAUCGCAGCGACUCCAUGAUCAGUCUGAUAAAAGAAAAGAUGAGGCACCCUGAACGGGUCUCAGCGCUGAGCAGCAACCAGGAGGAGAGGCUGAUGACGGAGGUGGACAAUCCUAACACCUUCCACAGAAAGAUGACAGCACACAGCAUUCUGCGUCAGUUCCACUUCUUCUUGGUCGACAGUCUGGUGUCAUUGAGAAAAAAAGAGCUGCUCAAAGGAAGCCUGUCUUGA